UCACACGGUCCCACGAAUAACCCUCAUUGCUGUCGUGUUGUGUCAUAAUUGACAAUUUUAGAAAUAUGUAUUUGUAACACUCUAGAAAGAUCAUUUUUUCCUCGUAAAUGAUAUGUGUUUGAGUAGAUGAAAUAACUACAAUUACUUCGGGAACAUGUUAGAUUUUGUAAACAAUAAGGGGAUGGAAGUUUAUACAAGUCUUUGGUUCAAAUUAUCACCUUGUGUAGCAUUGAUACUUUUGAAAUUUUUUGUGAAUGUUUCGGAGGGAGUGAGUCAAUCUGAAAUCAACAGGCAUUUAGAAUUAGGCAAAGAAUAUCUAGCUAGGGGUCAACUUUCAGAUGCUCUUAUUCAUUAUCAUUCAGCUGUAGAUGGGGAUCCCAAAAAUUACCUCACUUAUUUUAAACGGGGCACUGUUUAUUUAGCCUUAGGUAAGGCAAAAAAUGCACUCAAUGACUUGGACAGAGUAUUAGAUUUGAAUCCAGAUUUCACCCCAGCCAAAAUGAAUAGGGGAUUGAUACAUUUGAAGCAAGCCAAUUAUGACAUGGCACAAUUAGAUUUUUAUAAUGUGUUAAGGACUGACCCUUACAAUGCAGAGGCUAAUGAAUAUCUGCAAAGGAUAGAACCAGCAAAGGAACGUAAAAAAGCUGCAGAAUAUUAUUAUGGUCAUGAUGAUUAUGCAAAUGCCAUACAGCUUAUUACAGAAGCAUUAGAAACAAGUCCAUGGGCAUCAUCACUGUAUGAACUCAGGGCAGAAAUGCAUUUAGCCAAUAAUGAUUACAUGGCCGCUAUUUCAGACAUAAAGACGACAACAAAAUUACAAAGUGAUAAUACUGAAGGCUUUCUCAGCUUAUCUAAGCUUUUAUACAAAGUAGGACAGGCCACUGAAUCCUUGAAAAGUAUAAGAGAGUGUUUAAAAUUAGAUCCAGAUCACAAGGAAUGUUUUCCGUUCUAUAAGAAAGUGAAAAAAAUUGAGAAAUUUUUCACAGAGGCACAAACCAGUUUGGAGAAUAAAGAUUAUACUGACUGCAUCUCAAAUGCUGAAAAAAUCCUGAAGAACGAGAAGGAAGUCCCUAAUAUAAUAUUUGAAGGAAAGAAAUUACUUUGUUCCUGUUACACAGAAAGUGAACAAUCUGAUGAUGCCAUUAAACUUUGCAGUGAUGCUCUAGAACUUGUAGAGGAUACAGAUAUUUAUUUGAAUAGAGCAGAAGCUUACCUUCAGACUGAAAUGUAUGAUGAUGCAAUAAGAGAUUAUAGACGAGUACUAGAGAUUGAUCAGCACAACGAAAAAGGAAAAGAAGGACUUAGAAAAGCAGAACAAAGGCAGAAACAAUCAGAAAAAAGGGAUUAUUACAAAAUUUUAGGUGUAAAACGUUCUGCCACAAAAAAAGAAAUUGUGAAGGCUUACAGAAAAAUGGCACAGAAAUGGCAUCCAGAUAAUUACACAAACGAUGAGAAAAUGAAAAAAAUUGCAGAAAAGAAAUUCGUCGAUAUUGCAGCCGCUAAAGAGGUACUGACAGAUGAGGAGAAGAGAAAACAAUUUGAUAUGGGGGAAGAUCCCUUAGAUCCGGAAUCAGGAAAAGGUGGAAUGCCAAAUUUCCAUUUCCAACAUUUUCAUGGUAGUCCUUUCCAAUUCAAAUUCCACUUCGAUUAAGAGUGAAUUUUGUAUGCUUAUUUUUAUCACAAUUUUUUUUUGUGAAAGUGAUAGUGUAAAGUGACUGAAACAAACUGAAAUCAAUUGAAAAAUUAUAGUUAUUUUUUGUUGAUUUAUUUAUAUAUUUAGCUCUUAGCUUUUUUGUUGAUUGAAAUGAUGAAUAUAAAGAAUCCAUAUCUUG